UUUUUUUGUCACCACCAUGUCUCAACGCGGUGGCAGCCAGUCGUCUCAUGGCGGUAGCAGCAGCGGUGCGCCUCGUGGCCGUGGCAACAGCCGGGCGCCUCCAAGCGGUGGCAACGGCCUGCCUCAGCGCGAUGAAGCCAGCGGCUCGCUUCAGUUUACUGGCAGCAGUGCUCGGCCUCCUUCUCCCCAUGACGGCAGCCCUCCUCGUCCUGACACCAGCCCUCCCCGUCUUGACGGCAGCCCUCCUCAUCGUGACGGCAGCCCUCCUCGAAGUGACGACAGGCAGCUGAUCCCGGCUGCAUGGGCCUUUUUUGAACCGAAGAUUCUAUCUGCAUGGGUCAAGUUUGAUCAAACUUGCAAAGAGGCAGAGGCAGAGCGAUUCAGAUUGCGCGAUGAUCCUGACUGGAACAAGCGCCACUUCACGGUCAGGCGUCAAGACCACAAGUCAGCUUUUGUGGUUUUGGUCAAGCAUGGCUCUCUCCUCCUGUUCAACAAAAACGAGCCCAUUCCAUCCAAGCUGGGAUGGGAAAUGUUUGGUGGCAAAUGGCGUGUUCCGGUUUCGAGCAAAUGGGAGGAACCGAGCCGAACUGCCGCGCGCGAGUUUGGCGAAGAGGCCGGCCUUGCCUUAGGCCUGAGCACGGAUCAGGAACUAUACGACCUGGAGGAGCGUAUACACCGUGAACUCAAGAAUCAUCUCACAAUGCUCGUUACUAAAGAAAAAAAAGGUGUGCUCUACGUUGUUCAUGAGCCGACACUUUUUGACGAACUUGUUCAAGCUUCUGGUCGCUACGCUGUCGCCGCACAGGCUGUUCCAUUCCAGCGCCCUCCAAACGCAAACGGUUUGGUCAUCCCCGAUGGAUUCCGUUUGCGGAUCAAGACCUGGGUGCGUGAGAUUUUGGAAACCGAUACAUUUGCUAAGCUUUGUAUUGCCGCUCUUAAGGAGGCCGCUCCUGCUGAGUCCGCUCUUGCAUGAACACUUGUCUCCUGAAUAUACAGUGAUACUUUUUGUUCUGCCAA